AGUACACUCAUGCUAAACCGAUAUGGCUACUAUCAGCGCCCUCAAGGGGGCCCUUAGACAGAGAGCGACGGAAAUGGCUUCAUAUCCGACGCAGCCGUUAUCUGACGCGCAGUACGGUACUGCCUUCGACAUUAUGAUGCAAGGCUUGGGGUGGACGACGUACGAAGACUUUAUUAUCCCCCGACUGUCUCGGCUACUAACUCCACUCUUCAACUCGCGUGCCCGUAUUUCAGUGUUAGAAAUCGGACCCGGGCCGAAGAGUAUACUUGGAUAUUUACCUGGCCCUAUGAGACGGAAAGUAAAAAAAUACGAUGCCUUUGAGCCUAACAGCUUGUUCGCGACCAGUUUAGAAGAAUGGUUUAAUUCUCCCGCGAAGACGGAGUCCCCAUUACCCUACCUUGAAAGUCUACCUAACAUCCAUAGAGUCCCAUUCGUUCUAGAUAAUUGCGCGGAUACGGAUGAUGAUAGCAAAUACGAUAUCGUCCUUUUUUGUCAUAGCAUGUACGGCAUGAAGCCUCAUCAUAAGUUCAUUGAAAAGGGGCUCAGAAUGUUGGAUAAGCAGCAAGAAGGAGCAAUGGUAGUAGUUUUCCACCACGACGAGACCCUCGACCUCGCCGGCUUGGUAUGCCAUCGGACGGCUUCUUACCCUGCUGGGGUCGUCAGUGUGCCCGACGAUGACGAAGCAGUGGACAUUUUCGCUGCUUUCAUCGCUGGGUUUGUUAUUCAAGAUGUGGAUAUGGCUGCCAGAGCCGAGUGGCGUAAGGUGUGUCGACAUCUCUUGUUCAGCUCUCCCGACGUCAUGGUGGCCUUUAACCAACAUGGGACCGCUUUAGCAGAAUUGACAGCGCAUGUGCCAUUAGUAAAGGGGGAUAAGAUAGUUAAGAACCGAGAGGCUAACUUCCAUCACCCCGCUUCGAUUAUCCGACCGACAGAGAUCCAACACGUUCAGCACUGCGUUCGAUGGGCGCUGAAGCAUGGAGUCGGUCUGACCGUUCUUGGCGGGGGUCAUAGUGGUCACUGUCUCCAGUUUAAUGUAGUCUCGGUAGACAUGGGCGCCUUUGACCAAGUUCACAUUCACGCGACUGGGGAGGAUAAAGGGGGCGAGGAUUCCGAUUCUGGUACCUUCGUUGUUGCCGAAGCGGGCUGCAAAACGGGGGAUAUUAUCACCAAAUCCAUGGAGGCGGGCCUAACAGUGCCCUUGGGAGCCCGCCCAAGCGUAGGCGCAGGGCUGUGGUUACAAGGUGGCAUCGGGCACCUAUCUAGGCUACAUGGGCUCGCGUGCGAUGCCAUUAUCGGUGCCGUAGUAGUCAGCGUCGAUUCUGGCCAAGUGCUCUACGUUGGCCAAGUGCCAAGCCAAUACCGGCCGGCUGAUGCAGUGCGCCCGGAGAACGAGGCCGACUUGCUAUGGGCGAUAAAAGGCGCCGGCACCAACUUCGGCAUCGUUAUCAGUGUGACUUUUAGGGCCCACGCAGCUCCAACCUACUUGACUAGAAACUGGGUUUUCCCGGUGAAAGAUAAUCUCGAGGCGCGACGAAAGCUUAGCGAUUUUGACAAGCUUGUCGCUAGAGAUCUUCCUCGGAACUUUUCGGCGGACGCGUAUCUGUACUGGGAUGCUAGCCAACUACAUCUUGGUGUAACUAUAUUCGAAUCUUCGAUGACUAUGGUCGGCUUAGAAAUACCUACGCCCACGCUCAAGUGCGUUAGGGAAAUAUUAGGGCCGGAGGAAAAUUCAAAGAUAGUGGACGGCGUUGGUCUGUUCGAGACGGAGAUGUACAUGUCCGGGAUGCACGGCGGGCACGGCGGUGGCAAGACCUCCUCGUUCAAGCGAUGCUUAUUCUUAAAUGAUAUCGGAGCAGUGGACGUCGCUGGUAUCUUAUUAAGGGCUAUUGAAACCCGUCCCUCCCCACUUUGCUAUCUCCAUCUACUACACGGCGGUGGAGCUGUUAGCGACAUUAGGAGCGAUGCCACCGCUUUCGGCUGUCGAGACUGGAGCUUCGCCUGUGUGGUAACUGGAGUCUGGCCCCGCGAUCAAGAUGGAACAGAAACAGCCCGAGCUGCCGUGCGGUGGGUUUACAGCGUCGCCGACAGCCUACUACCGUUGAGUAGUGGAGUCUACGGUGCUGACCUCGGACCGGACCCCCGGGACGCCGCCCUUGCUACCAAGGCAUUUGGGCCGAACCGGUCGCGCCUAGCCCACCUCAAGCGCAAAUUGGAUCCGCAUAAUGUGUUAGCUUAUGCCUGUCCGCUCCCGAAAGCACCGAGGGAACCCCGGCUUAUCAUCCUUGUGACAGGCGAAAGCUGUGCUGGCAAGGACUAUUGCGCCGACAUCUGGGUCUCGGAACUUAACAACAAAGGCUUAGCAGCGUGCGCAGUUAGCAUCAGCGAUGUGACCAAGCGAGAAUACGCCGCGGCGAGUGGCGCCAACCUAAACCGUCUACUUCUAGAUCGUGUUUACAAGGAGCAGCACCGGUCAGCAUUGACGGCGUUUUGGAAAGAUCAGGCACGGCAGCGGCCUCGGCUGCCAGAGGAACAUUUUUUAAACGUAGUACACGGCGCGGAAGAAAUUGAGGUACUACUAAUCACUGGGAUGAGGGAUGAGGCGCCUGUUGCAGCCUUUUCAUAUUUGGUGCCGCACAGCAGGUUACUCGAGGUUCGUGUCCAAGCCAGCGAAGAGAUGCGGAGGGCUCGCGGAGGGAGUCAAGGCGGUAGCAGCGACGAAAAGAACAGUAACUACCGUCCUAACUUCAUCUUCAACAAUAGCAAAACCGGAGAUGAGGCUAUAAAAGAAUUUGUAGAAUACUCCCUACUUCCGUUCUUUCACGAAGACCUACGGCGUCUAGCCGAUAUGGUGCGCCCGGUACCCGACUUUCCACGCCGAGAUAUCAAGUUCCGUCAUGUGCUAGACAUUUCCCAGCAGCCCGGUGGUCUGGCUCUAUGCAUAUCUCUGUUACAAACGCACUUCACUGGCGACUGGGCCAACGUUUCUGCGGUGGUGAGUUGCGAGGCUGGCGGCUUUAUCUUCGCGUCGGCGUUGGCUGCGCAGAUCAAUGUGCCCUUGGCGCUAAUCCGCGAAGCCGGGAAGCUUCCCCCGCCCACCAUCUCCAUCGUCAAGUCCUCAUCGCAUAUUUCGUCUUCAACGUCCAACAGUUCGGGCGAGAAAAGAAUCGAGAUGGAGCGGGAUGUGAUCCCCAGGGGCGUGUCAGUAGUGAUAGUAGAUGACGUGCUUGCCACGGGGGAAACGCUUUGCGCGAUGUUACAGCUGUUAGAUGAGGCCGGCAUUAGAGCUGAAGAUGUCAGCGUCAUGGUCGUGGCCGAGUUCCCCGUUCAUCGUGGCCGGGAAUUGUUACGCCGGCGUGGGUUUGGAACAGUCGAUGUUCAAAGCCUUCUAGUUUACGACGGUGCGUAAGGAAUUAACCCCGACUACGGAAGUGAUAAGUAGCACGUUGCUCCCUUGCCGAGGUCUCUCUGAGUCUUAAAAUAUGUAUGAAAAUCUCUUAGUAGGUACCUCUUCUGACAGACGUUAAGUUACCAUCGCAUCGAGCAGAAACUACCCCAAGACACGGGCCUCCGAUUUCCAGGGGAAGACGUUAGGGGUUAAAAUACCGCUACGGCUUGGCGGUCACCAUCUACAACCACUUCUUCAAAUACUAUGUUGAUUGGCAUAAGAACAAGCUACGACUCGUCACGCAUUCUUUGCCUAUCACAUUUAAAUAUGAUAGAGACUAGUUACACAUGCUGCCCAUUACGAGAGUAGUACCAAGCAGCUAGUCGUGGUUUAGGUAUUCAUCCGUUAUUGUACAACCAUACUUUCGUCGAUUAGUACAUGCGGUUUACUGUAGGCAUAAUCAACUCAGUGAGUUGAGAACUUAUCAGAUUUGGGCAGACUAUGAGACUCGUAAUAUUGAUAAGUGA